CUGGGAAUAAGUUCAGACUUCAGACAAACGCGUCCUUGGAGUUUCCUGCAAGUCAUUGACGAAGUAUAUAUACUCGGUCGAAGAAAGAUCAAUCGAUAGAAGAAAAGAGAAGAAAUGGCGAAGACACGGUCGAUCGGCGUAGCCAUGGAUUACUCGGCAACGAGCAAACUAGCUCUGAGAUGGGCAAUCGAAAAUCUGAUAGACGAAGGCGAUCGAAUGACCAUAAUCCACGCCGUCUCUCCCAACUCGAAAGCUGACCCCACCAACAAGCAGCUCUUUCAAGACACCGGAUCUCCUUUGAUCCCUUUGUCAGAGUUCCGAGAGAUAGAUUUGGGGAAGAAGUAUGGUCUGGUCCCUGAUGCGGAGGUUCUGGAUAUCCUGGACACGGUGUCGAAGCAGAAGAAGGUGAUAGUGGUGGCGAAGGUGUACUGGGGGGAUCCAAGGGACACGAUUUGUGAUGCGGUGGAUCAUCUCAAGCUUGACUCUCUUGUGCUGGGCAGCAGAGGUUUAGGGGCCAUUAAGAGGGUGUUGCUUGGAAGUGUGAGCAACUACGUGGUGCAAAAUGCUACAUGUCCAGUCACGGUCGUGAAAGGAGGACCAUCCAAGCGCUAAGCUUUGCUUGUUCCCCGUGGCAGUGUAUAUGGCGUGUAAUUGCAUUGAUGACAAGAUGAUCGAAUAAUAAACCUUUUAUGUAUCUAUUUUCAAAUUCAAUAUUACGUUCCUACUCGAUUGUAUCUUUGAUAUUGAACUUUCUGACUAGUUUAUACGUAGUAUAUGUUUCAAUUAAGUGAUAUGUUACGCGGGUAUAUUUUAUUA